AUGCGGCAGCCGUGCCACCACUACGCGCGCGGCAACUGCUGGAGAGGAGACAAGUGUAACUUUGCACACAUCAAGGCGUCCAACGGCCAGCCCAGUGGCCAGGCAAACGCACUUGAGGUCAAGACCCAGCCGCCCAAAGCCCCUGCACCGGCGGCGAUUCUCAGCCUCUCGACGGAGCCUCCCUUUCCUACACUGAGCGCAGUGUCAACCACCCAGUCGGACGAACUUGUGUUCCCCGUUCGCGUGCAACCCUACGCCCAGUGUAUCCGCACCAUUCUUGCUGCCAAGCGGGAUGGACACGCCAUCAUCAAUGCAGCUAGUGCCGAUCGUCUCAUCGGUGCCAUCAUCCAGUCCAACGCCCACAACACCGGCUGGCGCCAGGCGACACUGGCAGACCUCUCUGAUCACGCCUGGCCGAUGUGUUCAGCUUUCCCAAGGUGUCUACCAAGGGCGAUGCAGCGACCACGCUUCCGUUCCAGUCCUACAUCGGACUCAUUGCCGUGCGUAGAGGCUGCAAAGCUCUUUGCUGACUCUCAGUAUCUUACCUCGGGGUCGGUCCUCAAGACGGCCGCCAAGAGUUCCACAAACUCUCUUUACGCCGUCGUUGACGCCAACAUUGACCAGUGCAUCACUACCCUGAAGACCAACAUCACCACAUGCAUGGCAGACAAGUCGUUUUACGACGGCCUGUCUCGUCGCUAUGGACUCGCGACGAUCUCGACAGUCAAGAUCAUCUCCGGAGCACAAGUGUUCAAGCCCGUCGCUAGCAUGAUCAUUGAGAAGGCAAUCAUCGCGGCGAUUCGCAAGACCAUGAACCUCAUGAAUGAAACGGUUUCUCAGGCUCUUCCUCAAGCGGAGAACGCUACGCAGCGCGUCCUUACCUCUGGGUCAUCGCUCGGUUUGAUUGCCGCUAUUCAUCGCGAGUACGACGGACCAGGCGACUUGUCCAAGGAUGGCCCUCACCAUGCGGACAUUCGUCUGAUCGGCAUUCCUCCCACCGAAGAGGAGAUGGUCGCUCAGCGGGACCCAUACAUGCCCGCCAACAUUCCUGGUGCGCGUCACCACUUGCCGGAUGACAGUAUGGCCAAGAUUGUCUGCGGGAUGGGGGAGGAUGGUACAUCGACCAGUCUGCGAUGCGCGACUCUGUUGGCGUCCAACUUUGCCCAUUCGCGCCCCAGCGGUGACGAUGUGCCGACAUUCGAUUUCGGAAUCCACUUCAUCGAUCCCUCCGUCGGCCUCGAAGCUGCCCAGAUACUCCAGCAAGGCGAGUGCCAGGGGUUUUCUGAUCGAUUCCUGCUCGAAAGCCCUGUUCUUUACGAGGCUAUGCGCCCCUGCUUGCGCAGCCUUCAGCAGCUGGAGCCACUCCGCGUUCCCCUUCAAGAGUAUCUGGUGCACAGGGACCUUGACGGUAUCGAGAUCGGUCUGCCCCAGUAUUCUACGGCGCCUAACUUCACGUGGGACUUGUCCUCCCUCCUCAAACCCGAAGCUGAGGUCAAGUCUUGCACCUUCGACCCUCGUGACGAUCUUUCUAUCGCUAGUGCUCGGCAGGUCCUUCAUGGCUUCAGCAAGCUGGACCCCAGCCAGAGUGACGCCGUGGUCGACUCACUCCUUCAACCUCUCAGCCUCAUUCAGGGCCCGCCCGGGACCGGCAAGACUUUCACUGGCGUCGAGUUGCUGCGUGUUCUUUUCGCCAACGAUGUUGGUCCCGUCCUUCUGCUCGCGUAUACCAACCAUGCGCUGGAUCACAUCCUCCGCGCUGUUCAUGACGCCGACGUCACACGCGACAUUGUUCGCCUCGGCACCCGCAGUAAAGACGAGGUUGUCUCCCAGUACAACUUGGAGACCAUCAGCCAAGUGCAGGGACGGAGCCAGUUGAAUGGCAUUGUCGGACACUCGUACAAGGAUAUGAAGGAGGUGGACGAGCUCAUUGUCAAUAUGGUCGCCGGCAAUCUGUCGAACGACAAGCUGUUCAACUACAUGGAAGUCUUCUACCCGCACAUCGGCGCCGCGGUCAAUCAGCCCCCACCGUUCGUGCUGGAGCUGUUCAGUGUCGAGCAGGGGAGCGGUGAAUGGAAGCGCUCCGGCAAGAAGUCGAAGAAGCAGCAAGAGUACACCCUCUGGGAUUUCUGGAAGGAGGGAGCGGACCUGAGCCAUCUCAAGGGCCUGCAAGCUCAAGCACGCCAGCCGGAGUCCCCCGCCAAGCAUAGCCCCGCGCCGUUUUCGCGGUUCCAUUUGCCGGCAUCGGAGUCCAAGCUCACGAAGACGUCAAAGAAACGGUCAAAGCUGGCCCCCAAGCCAACUCCGGAGGAAGAGGAUGAUGCCCAGGAGCUCAUCGCCGCUGGAUAUGGUCACCUUCUCGCCGACGUCGACGACUACUUCUCAGACGAGGAGGCUGAGAAUCUGGAGGUCUCCGAGAACGACCUCGUGGGACGGCCUCCGACGGACUCGGAAUCCGAAUUCGAACUGGGCAACAUGCCACCUCCACCCACUGCUCGUGAUGCGCUCGAGAGGCAGGAGCUGUUCCUGUCCUUCUUCGGUCUCAAGACCUUGCCAUCGAUCCCAAAGACGAAGCGCGACGUCUCAACCCUGCUGGAUGAUGGCGACGUCUGGAGCUUCUCCCGUGAGGAGCGUCGUGCAGUUGCACGCCUGAUCGAAGGUGAAGCUAAGCGUUGUCUCGACGAGGAGUCCAUUGCCGAGUUUGAGACUCUCACAGCUUUGCACGAGACGGCGAGAACCAAGUUCGACGAGGCUACCGACAACGUGCGCGUCUCACUCCUUAGCAAGAUCCAACUCGUCGGGGCGACCACCACCGGCGCCGCCAAGCUCGGCGGCGUUUUGACGGGCUUCAGCCCGAAGAUCCUGGUCAUUGAGGAGGCCGGUCAAGUUCUUGAGGCACAUGUCCUCAGCAGUCUCGUUCCCUCUGUCGAGCACGUGAUCGCUAUCGGUGAUCCCCUCCAACUUCGUCCCAGCGUCAACACGUAUGAGUUGUCGAUGGAUAACCGCCGUGGUCGAGAGCUGUUCCGCUUCGACAUGAGUCUCAUGGAGCGCCUCGCGCUCGCUGGACUCCCCAUGUCUCAGCUGUUGGUGCAGCGUCGCAUGGCGCCGAACAUCUCGUCUCUCAUUCGCAACGCUCUGUACCCCAGCCUCCAAGAUCAUGAAACCGUCGCCGCCUAUCCUGAGGUCGCAGGUAUGCAGAAGAACCUGUUCUUCCUGGACCACAGCAACAAGGAGGCCGGCGGCGGCGACAGCGGGAGCUCGAAGACGAACCGUUUCGAGGCUGAGAUGGCAUGCGACCUCGCCCUCUACCUUCUCAAGCAAGGGCCCUACAAGAAGGAGGGUGACAUCGUCAUUCUCUGCGCGUAUCUCGGCCAGAUGAUUGAGAUUCGCGACAUGCUCAAGGGGAAGGUGGAGGUCAUCAUCGACGAGCGGGAUCAAGACAAGCUCGUUCAGACGAUGGGCGAUGAAGAAUCAGCCGGUCCUGACCUGCCGCCAAACACAGUCGCACGCACUGUAAGCCUGAACAGCCAGAUCUACCUUCGUACUGUCGACAACUUCCAGGGUGAGGAGGCCAAAAUCGUCAUCUUGUCCCUUGUUCGCAAUGCUGGUUCGGCCGAUGUGCUGGAUCCCAAGACGAACGCCACGAUCGGCUUCUUGCGCUCCAACAACCGUAGCAACGUCGCUCUGUCGCGUGCCCAGCACGGCAUGUACAUUCUCGGCAACGCCGAGCAACUGGCUGGGGCAAGCGACAUGUGGCGCAGUGUCGUCAACGACCUCGCCGACCAAGGCGCGGUCGGGCCUGGCUUCCCGAUCUGCUGCAAGCGUCAUGGGCAGGUCGUGUUCAUCGAUGCCCCCGGCAAGUUACCUCUCGUGUCGCCCAAUGGCGGCUGCAACCAGCCCUGCGACAAGACCCUUGUCAAGUGUGGCCAUAAGUGCACGCGCGCUUGCCACCCUGACGACGAGGAGCACGAGACCUUCCAGUGCCGUGAGAAGUGCUCGCGCGUCCAUUCCGUUUGUGGACACCCCUGCGAGCGACGCUGUUACGAGAACUGUGGCAACUGUUUGGUCCGUCGGGAGAACGUUGAGCUUCCUUGCGGGCAUGUCGCCGACGUGUUCUGUUACCUGCCUCGGCGACUGCCUGAGGGUCUGCACGCAUUCAGCGUGUCCAGAGAAGUGCAAUGUUGCUUGCGCGCCUUCCGUGCGACCGUCUGCCUUGCGAUGAGCCGUGCACCGGCACUCUUCCUUGCGGUCAUCCGUGCAGCUCCGGCCUGCGCGACCGAUGAUCAGCUCGAUCAGUUAUCGGAUCUCAUUAUGCAGGCCACUCUGCGUGAGACGCUCGCGGAUGACCCCAACACGCCUCUCAUCACGCUCGAGUGCGGCCAUAUCUUCACGGUGGAAACUCUGGAUGGCACUCUCCGCCUUUCCGAUUGCUACACGCAGGACGCCAAGACCGGGAAGUGGACGGGGCUCGCGACUGCUGAAGGGUUCCAGAGCCGUAUUACUUGCCCGAGCUGCCGCGGCAGUGUCACUUCGCCUCGCUACAACUGCUCGACGAAGCGAGUCCUUCUUGACAUUCAAGAGCAGGUGGCGAUCAUGCGCUACGGUGCGGAAGUCGGUCAGGCUGCGUCAGAGCUGGCGCGCUCCUCCCCUGCGGACCAGUCGUCCACUAUUAGCGUCGCCCUCAACAAGACCAAUCUUCUCAAGCCGGGCACCGUCAAGUUCGCAGACAUGCGGCGCAAGUUGUUCCCGCUCGGGAAGAAGGACGACAAGUGCAUCGAGCCUGACUACUUCAAGUGCGCGAUUCCUGGCCUCUUCGGCAUCGACGGUGCAGCUGGUCAGCUUUGGCAAAGGUUUGCUGGGCCCACGUUGCACUUGUACCGUCUCCUUAGCGAGAUGGUCAUCUCUCACCGCAUGCCUCACAAUGCAGCUUACGAAGGCGCCAUGUCGUCCAUCUACUGGAACGAGCUCACGAUCGCCCGGGAGUCUAGUGUCUCAGCCACGCGUGAUCCGUCUCAGGCCGCGCUUCUCACCGCGCGCCGGCGUCUGGGAGCCCCUCCCCCCGGUGGAGAGAGCCGUUUCAAGAUUGAAGCUCUUCUGCAAACAAUUCACGCACGCCUCAAGUUAGCAGCGACGGCAAUUGUCAUCGGCGAGGAGCUCCGCAAGGACCCGGCCCCCAAGCGUUCGAAGGGGAAGGGGAGGGGGGGCGAUGAAGGCCAGAUCCGCGGCAUCUGGAGGCAGCAGGCUCGUGCGUUCAAUGCCCUCGCGACAGGCCUGCUUUGGUCGGCGCAACGCGAUGUCAUCCUCGCAGCUCGCAUGGCCACCCAGAGCAAGAUGCCCCGCCUGGUCAUUGACAGCCACGUUCUCAGCCUGCGUGUUGAGUUCGAAGAGAUGCGUCACAAGAUCAAGGGUGAGAUCUACGCAGCUGAGAAUCACCCUCGUGAAGAGGAGCGUAGGGGUCGACGCUUCGAGGCCGCAGAGAAGGCGGAGAAGGAGUGUCUCCAUCGUCUCAAGAAAACUGAGAACGCCUUCUUCAGUACCGUCAACAAGUUACCCCUCGAGCAUCCGGACAACAGGACGCUCCCUGACCACAUCGCCAAACUUCUUCCCUACGCCGACUCUAUCCUCGACGAGUGGAAGAAGUUUGCCAAGCAAAUCGAUUCUGGCGUGUGGUACGAGAGUGUGUCGCUCCAGGAGAAGGAGGCUAUCGUCCGCGCUACGAUCGAUGCCGAGUUUGGGACGGCCGGCCGUUUCUACCAGUGCCCCAACGGGCACCCAUUCACCGUCGGUCAGUGCGGUCAAACCAUGCAGGAAGCGCGCUGCCCCGAGUGCGGAUCCACCAUCGGAGGUCGCAACCACCAGCUGCGCAUCGACAACAGUCGCGACCAGGAGCUUGAGACAAUCGCUCGCGGUGUGGGGGGGCGGCAGAAUCCCUAUAUGAACCACUGA